GCGGAGCAGAAUAUAAAAGGUGUGUUGGUGUGUGUGUGGGAGUUGUGGUGUCGUCUGACCUCAAGACCAAUAUGGCGGCUGCUGUAAAAUCUGUCGGUUUUCUCGCCCAGCUCAACAAUUCUUUGAAGAGAUUUGCAUUCAGAGCUUCAGGCUUCAAUCAAUAUGGCUUGUACUAUGAUGACUGUUUGCACGAGACGCCAGAUGUCAUAGAAGCUUUGGAGCGUUUACCACAAAAUAUAAAGGAUGAACGCAAUUUCAGAAUGCAACGUGCACUUCAACUUUCCCUGGUGAAGAAUAUACUUCCCAAGGAGCAGUGGAUUAGUUUUGAAGAGGACCGUGAGAAGGGACGUUAUCUGCAGCCAUAUCUUAAAGAAGUGAUCAAGGAAAGGAAGGAACAAGAAGAAUGGAACAAGAAGUAAAUAUUAUGUAUCUCAUUGAGAACAUUAUGACUAAAUGUUUCAUAUACCAACCUGAAAUUCAUGUAUGCACUAAACAUGAAGAGGAGUUGUCAAUCUUUGUAUAAAAUGUAAAUUAUUACAAUAAUUACUUUAAGUGACCCACAAGAUGAAUUUACUGAAUGCAGUUAAAUGAAAUAAAAGAGUAGAAUGUC